CCCAAACCCUAUAUAUGUAUCCACCCGCUCUCUCUCAUGAGUCAUGACAAACGAGGAGACUUCAGCGAAUCGUCUUUCCAGCUCUCUGAUCGGCGAUCUUCCAGCUCUAGACAAAAUUAGACAAGAGUUCUGUCUUCUCCUUGUUACCAUGACUCCUUCAACGGUCACCUCUUCAACUAUACUUGAUUUAUUUUCUACUGACAAUGAGACUUUUUUAGCAUUAUGGAGAAUAAGGAGUGGAGGAUCUUUUCCUGCAAAUGUUCAUGAUAUAAAUCCUUACCAGUGUAAACCUGAAAAUUUACCAGGUACUUUUUUCACAAGAAUUCAUGUUGUUAAUUUCCCAAGUUUUCCAGCAAAUGUUCAUGAUAUGAUGAUGUUCUUCAAGGCUCAGGCCUCUUGAAUUGCUGCUGUCGAACACUGUAUUUUCAGUUUAUAUCAUAAAACAAUUUCAAUGUUGAUUCCUUGCUUCAAUUUUCAAAACAGUGUCAAAGUUACGAAUUACAAAUUUACAGCUGAG